UAUGAAACGAAUGUACCAGGUAUUCGUAAAGAACUUGUAUAUACACACUGCGUGUUAAUAGGAAAAAAGCAUUGCAAGAUUUUGAGGUUGAGUGGACCAAUAUAAGUAACAAACAAUGAGUCAAUCGAAUGGACUUUUUGAAAAAGCUCUUACUAGGAAGGCGUCAUGGCCAGACAAAGAGGAAUUAUUGGAUGUAGUGUACUGGAGUCGUCAAAUCAUUGCUUUAAUCAUAGGAAUUUUGUGGGGAAUUUUCCCUUUUGUUGGAAUUUUGGCCAUCUUGCUUUACUUUGCAAUUACAACGCUCACAAUGAAUUUCUAUGUAACUGAGUUUCAGAAACAGGACAUUGAAGAAUAUGGCGGUUUUUUUGAAGUCGCAAAAGAAGGUUUUAUGACAGCAUUUGCUAGUUUUUUAGUCUCUUGGAUUAUAGUCUAUUCUUCAGUGCAUGGGUCAUGACCAAAAUUUGUAUAUAGAACUCAUAUGCAAUGGCUGCAGUUGUUAAACAAAUUCUAUUCAAGCCUUGCUUCAUGCAACUACAUUAUGUAAAUUUUGAUGUGACAUUUUAACCAAACUGGUGGUUCAAAUAAUACUACAAAAAUUUGUUUGAUAUUUGAAAAGUGUAAUUCAUUCAAAAGAGUGUUUAAAGUUUUAGAAAUCUACAAUCAAAAUAAUUGUAAUUUAUUUAAUAUAUCUAUUGAAAUUUGCAACAGAUAUGUAUGUAUUGAAAUGGUAUUCGUUGAGUUUCAAAUAAGUUUAAUUUGGUGUUCGUGGUUACUAUUUCCAAUAACGAUUUUAUAUAAAUUAUACAAUUAUUCAUAUUACGUCUACUAUACUACUUGAAGGUACAGUUUACAUUUUGUGUAAUUGUUCAAUGGUGAUAUUCUAUUAGUCGAUACCUUGUACAAUCACUUACCAAAGCAAAAAUAAAUGGUUUGAAUGUAAUGGUUUGACAGCAGAACUGUUACUGGAUCGAUGAUUGUACUGAUUUGAAAGGAGUUAUUGCCAAUGGGCUCUAAGAAAGAAAAAAAAGAUGUGAGAGAAGUUGUUCAUAAAGUGAAAAAGGCAAAACAUGAAAAGAAAUCUGAAGACUCAAAUAAGAGAUCAUACUUUUCCAGUACAAGUAAAAAAAGAAAGAAAAGAUACUCUUCUUCUAGUUGUUCAACUGAUUCAGAGCGAAAAGUAAAGAAGAAAAAGAGAAAGAGGACAACUUCAGAAGAUACAUCAUCCUCAGAAGACAGGACACAGAAAACUUUAAAAAGAAAAAAGGCCAAACAUAAAAAGAAAACUAAAAAAAAGAAGAUGAAGAAAGAAAAAACUAUUAAAACAACAGAUGAAAACAGUCCCAAAAACAUAAAAUCCCUUAAGAAAAACAAAGAGGAAACAGAUCCUGAUCCAAGAGCCCUGGCAAUGCGUCCAAUGACGCAGGAGGAAUGGGAGAAACGACAGAGCGUAAUGCGUCACGUAUAUGACGCAGAAACCGGACGCACGCGGCUCGUCAAAGGAGAUGGUGAAAUUAUGGAAGAAAUAGUCUCUCGAGAGCGCCACCUGGCGAUUAACAAACAAGCGACUAUUGGUGACGGAAAUUCAUUCCAAGCGAAGCUUGGGCUUAAUAAGCGAUGAAGUUGAUAGUCAACUCAAUAGUUUCUGGUCACAUUUAAAUUGUUCCAUGCUCUUUUUCGGAAUUACUUAAAAUACAUUCGGAGUAUUUAAUCGUUCUAAUCUGGAGAACAACGACUGUUGCUUCAUUGACUUAUCGUGGACCGCGCUGUUUUACAAGAACAAACAUUAAAUGCUUCAACUUUUAA